AUUCAAAAUAACUAAACUUUUCCCAAUGUUGUGUGUUUGUUAUAAUAAAAUAUUAAUGGGGGUGUAUAAUGUUAUAUUGGAAUAGUUAUGGGUCCAUUUUAAAAACUCCAAAAACUCCAUUUUCAAGUGAUAAAAUGUACCGAAAAGAUCCUCCUUCCUUCAAACCACAACAAUGGCUGCUGCCCAUGGCUACGUUCUUGCAAGCACCAGAAUUACCCAAAUGCCACAAGCUGUUCUCAACAAAAUGAGGGUGCCAUACAAGCUGAAGCAAGGGCAAUCUCGUAUUUUUCACCAGCUCCCUUCUGGUCUGAACAUGGAGGUCAUCUACCAAAAGGGUCUGCAAAUCAAAAAUCCAGAUGAGAAAAUAGAGAAAUCGUGGACUCCACAACCUCCAUUAGUUUUCGUCCAUGGAAGUUUCCAUGCAGCUUGGUGUUGGGCUGAACACUGGUUGCCUUUCUUCUCUGAAAAUGGGUUCGAUUCCUAUGCUCUCAGCCUCUUGGGUCAGGGUGAAAGCGAUGCUCCAGCUGGUUCGGUGGCUGGUUCGCUUCAGACACAUGCAGCAUGUAUUGCUGAUUUCAUUCAGAAACAAACCACAUCGUCGCCCGUGUUAAUUGGACACUCGUUUGGAGGGCUCAUCGUUCAGUACUACAUCGCGAAUCUUGAAAAGGAUUCAAGUGGAAAACUUUCCGGAGCUGUGCUUGUUUGCUCUGUGCCGCCUACUGGGAAUAGUGGCUUAGUAUGGCGGUAUCUCUUUUCAAAACCUGUUGCUGCCUUCAAGGUUACUAUGAGCUUGGCAGCGAAAGCGUUUCAGACGUCGUUACCCCUUUGCAAGGAAACAUUUUUCUCGAGGGGAAUGGAUGAUCAUCUUGUCCUGCGUUAUCAAGAACUGAUGAAAGAAAGUUCAAGAAUGCCGUUGUUUGAUCUAAGAAAGCUUAAUGCUUCGCUUCCCGUUGCAACGGUGCCAAACCCCUCUACCCAAGUUCUCGUCAUGGGUGCAGCCGACGACUUCAUUGUGGAUGCAAAAGGACUCGAGGAGACGGGGAGUUUCUAUGGCGUGCAGCCCGUGUGUGUUGAAGGGGUUGCACAUGACAUGAUGUUGGAUUCUACGUGGGAAAAAGGCGCAGAACGAAUCUUGUCGUGGAUAAAGGAAAAGAUUUAGCAUGAAUCUGCUCUUGAAAAGCAUCAAUUCAACUUCAUACGAUCAAAGCACUAGAGUUGUUGACGGACAGUACGGCAUGUUAGACCCGACCCUCUAGACAAACGGGCUUCAACAACCGUUCUUUAAAGAAUGGGUAGGCCCGGACUUGCCCAUUAAGAUUAAUGAGCGGACAUGGCAGUACAGGAAAGAAAAUCAGAUAAACCCGCCUGACCUGUUUAUAUUUUUAUAAUUAAUUGAAUAUUGUAUUUUAUACUUUUUUACAAAGGCCCUGGUGGUUUUGCUUUUAUUGGUGCCAUUUUCCCGUAAAAUUGAUUGUAUUAUUUACAAGCUUUUCUGGUUGGUUCUCUUACAUUUUAGAUUCGACGUGGUUGGUAUUUAUACCUAUUUUUUUUAAUUUG